CCUUCUUCGCCUAUGCAGAUGGUGUCCCCGUCUGGCAAUACUAAUUUAGCUUUCCAACCAAUUGGAUCGGCAUGCCAUCAACCUAGGGCCGGUAUCCUGUACGCCAGAAACCUAGAAGUCUAAAGGUCGCGGAGCGACAUCCGCGGCUUUCGGGCUUGGGAUCGGCAAGUGCGCUAUGGCCACUCACUACUUUUAGCUGGUUGGCAGCCUUCUUUGGAUAUCAUAGCUUUCUCUCUCUCUCAACCAACUCCAACCAGAUUCUCCUGACUAUCCAUCGCUCAAUACAAGCUACGCUCGGCUCAACAUAUAGGACAAGUGACUCACGUACAGAGAUCAAGCCAUGGCUCCCUCCACCUCCGUCAACCACCCACCCCAGAAAGAUGCCUCGGAUGUCAGCCACAGCAACGGCAACGGCAACGGCACUUCCCACGUCUCAAAGCCGGCUACCAAGCAUGACGAGGAGACUAUUCUGAAGCCGUCGGACUUCCCCAUGCCUCAAAAGUUCGACGACCCGUACAAACAGCGGCAGCAUCUCAAGGAGCGGCUGGCCCUGGGAUUCCGCAUCUUCGCCAAGAAUGGCUUCGACGCCGGCGUGGCAGGCCACAUCACGGUCCGCGACCCCGUGGAGCCGGAUACGUUCUGGCUGAACCCUUUUGGCGUUGCGUGGCCGCUCCUCAAAGCCUCUGACCUCAUUCGCGUGAACGCCGAGGGCAAGGUCGUCGACGGCGGCCCCGUGAAGCUCCUCAACACGGCCGCCUACAUGAUCCACCACGCAAUCCACGAGGCCCGCCCGGACAUUAUGUGCGUCGCCCACUCCCACUCCCUCUACGGCCAGGCCUUCUCAACCCUCGGCCGCAACCUCGACAUCAUCAGCCAGGACACCUGCGCCUUCUACAACGACAUCGUCCUCUACAACUCCUUUGGCGGCAUCGUCCUCGGCAAGGAGGAGGGGCUGCGCAUCGCCGCCGCCCUCGGCGACAAGAAGGCCGCCAUCCUCCAGAACCACGGCCUCGUCACCUGCGGCAAGUCCGUCGAGAGCUGCGUCUACUGGUUCCUGAGCCUCGAGCGCUGCUGUCACCAGCAGCUCCUCGCCGACGCCGCCGCGGGCGGGCGGGGCCACGAGACGGUCAAGGUCGACCGGGAGGACGCCGAGUUCACGUUCAAGUCGAUCGGGACGGAGAUCGCGGGCUGGUUCUCGGGAAAGCCGGCUUUUGACAUGAUGGAGCACGAAUCGGGAAUUGAGUAUAAGAUGUAGAUUCAUGUUACUUUUUUUGGUCCACUCCCCUCACACCGGGAUUGGCAAUGAUGGCUUUAACGAUUAAUGCAUCAAGAUGGUGACCAACACCUAUCGACGAUUGUACGAUUUGUU